UAUGAGGACACUGACUGCCCUAUUUGUUCUAGGAACAACAUUUACAUUUCUAACACACCUGUGUUUUGUGUUUAACACAGCAUCUCUGGAUUUGGACACUAAAUCACUGCCCAACAGGAUUAUCUUUGUUCAGAACAGGGAAAACUAAUGAAAAGUGUGACAGGAGGAGGUCAAUGAUGGUUCAGGGCAAGUGUGAACUCAUCGCUCUGUGCCUGGGCAUCAUCGGUCUGAUCGGGACGGUGGCCGUCACGGGCCUUCCCAUGUGGAAAGUGACGGCGUUCAUAGGGGAGAAUAUCAUCGUGAUGGAGACACGCUGGGAGGGUCUGUGGAUGUCGUGCUUCAGGCAGGCCAACAUCCACAUGCAGUGCAAAGUGUACGAUUCUCUGCUGUUCCUCCCGCCGGACCUGCAGGCGGCCCGAGGCUUGACAUGUAGCGCUCUGGCGCUGUCUGCACUCGGGCUGCUCAUGUCUCUUUUUGGCCUCCGUUGCACGUCGUGUCUCAAGGAUCAACCUCGCGUCAAAAGCAUGAUUGCGAUCGCCGUGGGGGCGAUGCAGAUUUUAGCAUCAGUGUGCGUUAUCAUUCCAGUCUCUUGGACGGCUCACACUAUUAUUAGAGACUUCUACAACCCUCUACUGAUGGACGCGCAGCGCAGGGAACUGGGAGAGGCGCUGUAUAUCGGUUGGUUAACUAGUGCUUUUCUUUUGGCGUCUGGAGUUAUAUUUCUCUGUCGUCGUGUUGGUCCAGAAUCGGGCUCAUUUAAUGCCCAUCGACCAGUUAAUAAACCCGCUUUAAACCGCUUCCAGCCUUUUAACUCUAUAAGACACCAGCCUUUGCUUCAGAACAAUCGCCUCUCCAUUCAGCAGCCUUCGUCGUCUGCGUUCAGCUACGCCAUUACGCUUUCUAGUGGUCAACAUUCACCCUUCAAUGUGCAACCGGUGACCACAGGGUCUUUAGUGUACAGUCAAAGCAUCAUGCCAACUCAGAACCUGAGUUAUUAUGGCCCAACUGUGAUGCAAGGCCAGUGUGUAUCCAGAAACACUCAGUACCCCAGUCAGCUUUCCACACCCUUCAAAGGAAGCAACAGCAGUGAUCCUUGUGCGUCCUUCAUCUCUAGAUCCGCAUUUCAUCCUGUGCCGCAGAACCCGCUCUUCGUAGGGUACAACUACUCCAGGGUGCAGUCGUACAGCUCAGACAGUAGCUGUGGAUUGCAUAUCUAAGGAUUUUUGAUGAACAUUUUAAAAAUACAUCAUUCCAGUAGAUUCAAUAUCAGAACGAUCUUCUGCUGGAAUUUUCAAUUGGAAAGCUGCUCAUUUUCAAACAUUUUUAUUUACAGAAACUAGGAGUAGCAAAGUCAGCAUGAAACAGAAGUUGCGAUCGUCUUUUUGCCUAUUGUGACAUAUAUCAGAGUGAAACGGCUUCUCGAACAAGAACAAAUGUAAUGCGGGGCUUAAUUUUGUUCAUGGGAAAUUGAUUGGAUGGUUGUGGUUUGCUAUUGGCCGAUCUCAUGUGAGUGACAGGUUGUCCCGCCCUCAUGCCAGUAAACACAUCAUCAGAGAAGAGAAGUCACUGCGAGAGGAAGGGGAAGUUAUAUUCAUUAAAGA